AUGGUCCAACUCUUCCAGGACACAGAUCCUAAAGGUCAAUCCUGCACCCUGAACAUCUCAGAGGGAGGAGCCAGACCAGUCGUGCCUGAUAUCCUGCCCUCUUCUGCCCUGGACAGAGGGCUUCAUAAGGCAGGGGGUGAGGCCCUGGUCCACAUCAGAGUUACUCUCUUGCUGCUCUGGCUUGGGGUGUGUCUAUCCAUUUCUGGCCACUGUCAGGCCAGGCCCUCCCAUCACUUCUCCUCCCCAGAAUUGGUGAUUCCCUUGAAGGUGACUGGCAGGAGCAGAAAUGCAAAGGCUCCAGGCUGGGUGUCCUACCGCCUGUGGUUUGGGGGCCAGAGACACAUUGUCCACAUGAGGGUCAAGAAGUUCUUGGUUUCCAGACACCUCCCAGUGUUCACCUACACGGACCAGCAUGCCCUUCACCAGGAUCAGCCUUUUGUUCCCAAUGACUGCUACUAUCAUGGUUAUGUGGAGGGGGUCUCUGAGUCCCUGGUUGCCCUCAGUACCUGUUCUGGAGGUUUCCGAGGAAUACUGCAGAUAAAUGAUCUCGCUUAUGAAAUUGAACCAAUUAGAUUUUCUGCCACAUUUGGACACCUGGUAUAUAAGAUAGACAAUGAUGCUACCCAUUUCCCACCUAUGAGAUGUGGAUUAACAGAAGAGGAAAUAGCACACCAAUUGGAGUUGCGUGCAUCACAUAAUUUUACUCUGAGGCAAAGUUCUUACACAGGCUGGUGGACCCACUUGCGGUUUCUUGAGCUGGCAGUGGUUGUAGACAAACUUCGAUAUGUUCACUUGGGAAGUAAUGUGUCAGUAGUGCAGCGUGACAUAGUUGAUGUUGUCAACAUAAUUGACAGCUUAUAUAACGCCUUGGAACUUGAUGUAAUUUUAGCUGGGAUUGAAAUUUGGACUGAACAAAACCCAGUUCCCACUGAUGACAUAGAUAAGCUUUUGGAGGAUUUUGCUAUUUGGAAGUAUUUUGACCUUGAUGCCCGAUUGCCACAUGAUGCUGCCCAUCUUUUCAUUAAAAAAUCAUUUGGCAUAAAACUUGGAGUUGCCUACGUUGGUGGGAUAUGCCAGAGUCCUUUAAAUAGUGGAGUUGAUGUUUUCGAAGAUGAGAGGCUGUAUGAUUUUGCGGUUGUUGUGACCCAUGAACUUGGUCAUAAUUUAGGUAUGCAGCAUGAUACUACAUGGUGUGUGUGUGAACUUCAGUGGUGCAUAAUGUUUCCUGCCAGACGGGUGACAAAUAAAUUCAGCAACUGCAGUUAUGCUCAGUAUUGGGACAGUUUUAUCAGGGAUGGAUUAUGUCUUUAUUCUCCUCCACAACUAGGGAGUAUCUUUACACUACAGUAUUGUGGGAACCUAGUGGUCGAAGAAGGAGAGGAGUGUGACUGUGGAACAGUAGAGCAGUGUGCAGAUGAUCCCUGCUGUCGGUUGAAUUGCGCUCUGAAGCCUGGAGCUGCUUGUGCUUUUGGGCUGUGUUGCAAAGACUGCAAAGUCAUGCCAUCUGGGACUUUGUGCAGAGAACAGAUCAGUGAAUGUGACCUUCCAGAGUGGUGCAAUGGCACAUCCCAUCAGUGCCCAGAAGAUGUAUAUGUGCAGGAUGGAAUUCCCUGUAGCAACAGUGCCUACUGCUAUAAAAGGAGAUGUAACAACCGUGAUGAACAGUGCAGGGAGAUUUUUGGCAAAGAUGCAAGGAGUGCAUCUCAGAUUUGCUACAAAGAAAUAAACACCCAAGGAAAUCGAUUUGGUCACUGUGGUAUUGAAGACACACAAUAUGUAAAAUGCAGACCCCCAGAUAUCCUGUGUGGGAGAGUUCAGUGUGAAAAUGUGGAAGUAAUCCCUAAUCUGACAGAGCAUUCCACCGUGCAUCAGCUUCACUUCAAUAACACCACUUGCUGGGGCACCGAUUAUCACUUGGGGAUGUUUGGGUCUGAUAUCGGUCAAGUGAAAGAGGGUACAAUAUGUGGUCCAGAAAAGAUUUGCAUCCGCAACAAGUGUGUCAGUAUGGUUCGUGAGCCACAAGCCUGUCAGCCUGAGACCUGCCACAUGCAGGGGACCUGCAAUAAUAAAGAGCAUUGCCACUGCAACCCUGGAUGGGCACCUCCCUACUGCAACCACAAAGGCAAUGGAGGUAGCGAUGAUAGUGGCACACCUUCUCACGGGCAAGGAGAAGAGGUAGACAUGAAGCAGAACCAAUCAUUUUUCUCUUCAUUGAGAAAACAUUGCCAUGAUUCCAACGGCCAGUCCCAGUCAAAAUCACCUAAGAACACAACUCCUGAUAAAUGGAAUCCACUCUGCGGACCACACAGACACAUCCUCUGCACCUCUGAGAUGUUACUUUGGGAAUAA